UUUAAAAUUAAUUUAUUUUUGGCUGCAUUGGGUCUUCGUUGCUGCCCACAGGCUUUCUCUAGCUGCGGUGAGCGGGGUCUACUCUUCAUUGUAGUGCGUGGGCUUCUCAUUGCAAUGGCUUCUCUCCUUGCACAGCACGGGCUCAGGCCCACGGGCUUCGGUAGUUGUGGCUCGCGGGCUCUAGAGCGCAGGCUCAGUAGCUGCGGCGCAUGGGCUUAGUUGCUCUGUGGCAUGUGCGAUCUUCCCCGACCAGGGAUCGAACCCGUGUGUCCUGCACUGGCAGGCGGAUUCUUACCACUGCGCCACCAGUGAAGCCCCAGGUGUUUCUUUUUAAUGGCGUCUCUCUUCUUAGACCUUCUUGCUUUCCAAGCCUUCAGAGAACUAGCUGUUACACACCGGGAGGCCCCGUAACUCGUGUUUCCACGCCUUCAGAUUCGAUGGAGCCCAGAUUUCAGGAUUGCUGGCCGGGGAGCAGGCGGCACCCACGGCCGCUCCAGCCCCGACCCAGUCCCUGACCUUCGGCCGCUGCCAGCGCGUGGCUGGGCGCCGGGGCCUUCGAGGACCCGCAACGCGGCGCACAUGCCCGUGCCCGCCUUCCACGUCGGUGAGAAGAAAGGGAGCCCGGACGCGCGGAGACUGACCCGGAGCCUACCCAUGAGGCAGCGCGUCGGCUCCUCGAGAGCCCCCCCACCCCGCCCACGGCUCGGCCGCCUGCUCCGCAAUGGGAGCCGCCGCCGUCGCUGCCGUGUAGUUUUUCAUGCUCCUCCUUUUCCUCCUCCUCUUUCUCCUCCUCCUCAGGGCCCCAGUCAGGCCGAUCUGCUCCGCUCACGGGUUUAAGAUAAUCUGACUUUCAACUAUACAGGAUUGCUGACAGCUGAUAGAAAGGUCCUCAUGGAACAAAAUGCACCAUGGAAGUGGCUUUGUUAAAUUCCAUGAGGAAAAAUAAAUAAUAUAUCUCCCAACUGUAUUGAAUAGAAAAAGCCCCGAGGCAUGUGGGAUCUUAGCUCCCCGACCAGGGGUUGAACCCACACCCCCUGCAUUGGAAGGCGAAGUCUUAACCACUGGACUGCCAGGGACGUCCUCUCACAUUUUCCCUUUUAUGUUAAGUUAAUCAUAUCUGGUUUUGGUGUUGCCAACUUCUUGGAAGGAAAAGAUAUAUAACUUGCUGCCUUGUGUGGAGUCACAUGAUGAUCAAAAUUAGAUCCAAGAAUUUCUAAACCCCAAGUUUCACGUUUCAAUAUUUGGCUUUACUUAAAGUGACUCAUAAAAUUGACUGAUAUCUUGUGUCAGUACUUAAAUGACAAUUUACAGAAAGUCAGCUCUUCAACUUGAUUGGCGACAACCCUUUUCAGCCAAAAAGUUUGCUUCUCUCCUUUUGAAAAUUAGAUAAAUCAAAAAUGGCAGAACUCUUUAUGGAAUGUGAAGAAGAAGAGUUGGAACCAUGGCAGAAGAAAGUAAAAGAGGUUGAUGAUGAUGAUGAUGAUGAGCCGAUCUUUGUUGGAGAGAUAUCAAGUUCAAAACCAGCAAUUUCAAAUAUUUUGAAUAGAGUAAACCCCAGCUCAUAUUCGAGGGGAAUAAAGAAUGGUGCGCUCAGCCGAGGUAUUACUGCUGCAUUCAAGCCUACAAGUCAACACUACACGAACCCAGCAUCAAAUCCAGUGCCUGCCUCGCCAGUAAAUUUUCAUCCUGAAUCUAGAUCUUCAGAUAGUUCUGUUAUUGUUCAGCCUUUGUCUAAACCUGGUUAUGUAACGAAGUCAUCACGAGUUGUUUCUCAUAAUUCUUCAGAGUUACUGUUUGACUUGACCCAGGAUACAGGAUUACCACUUUACCAAGGAGGACCAACACUUUCUAUAGCAGGUAUGAAUGAAAGUUCAUUUUUAUCAAAACGUCCUUCUACUUCUGAAGUAAACAGUGUUAAUCCAAAAAAGUCUAAACCCAGUGAAGGUGUUUCUGGAACAAAUUCCUCAGCUGUAUUUUCUUCAGUUAAAUCUCUUUCAGUGACAUCUCCCCAGGCUAUGCCAUCAAAAGGUACAAAUAUCUCAUCAAAUCAAUCUAAAAAUGGAACACCUUUUCCAAGAGCUUGUCCAAAGUGCAAUAUUCAUUUCAAUCUUUUGGAUCCUUUGAAAAAUCACAUGAAGUACUGUUGUCCAGACAUGAUAAAUAACUUUUUGGGACUGGCUAAAACAGAAUUUUCAAGUACAGCAAAUAAAAGUAAGACUGUUGAUUCAGAAAAAGGAAAACUGAUCAUGUUAGUUAAUGACUUUUAUUAUGGAAAACAUGAAGGAGAUGUCCAGGAAGAACAGAAGACUUACACAACCUUUAAAUGCUUCAGUUGCUUGAAAAUUCUUAAAAAUAAUAUUAGGUUUAUGAACCACAUGAAACAUCAUUUGGAACUUGAGAAGCAGAGCAGUGAAAGCUGGGAAAACCACACCACCUGCCAGCACUGCUACCGUCAGUUUCCCACACCAUUUCAACUGCAGUGUCACAUUGAAAGUACACACACACCCCAUGAAUUUUCUACCAUUUGCAAAAUAUGUGAAUUAUCAUUUGAAACAGAGCAUAUUCUUUUACAACAUAUGAAGGACAAUCAUAAACCUGGUGAAAUGCCAUAUAUUUGCCAGGUUUGCAAUUAUAGAUCAUCAUCAUUUUCUGAUGUAGAAACUCAUUUUAGAACAUCCCAUGAAAACACUAAGAACUUGCUAUGUCCGUUUUGCCUCAAAGUUAUUAAAAUUGCAACACCCUAUAUGCAUCAUUACAUGAAGCAUCAGAAAAAAGGAAUACAUCGUUGUACAAAAUGCAGACUACAGUUUUUAACAUGCAAAGAGAAAAUGGAUCACAAGACUCAGCAUCAUCGGACAUUUAUAAAACCUAAACAACUAGAAGGAUUGCCUCCAGGAACAAAAGUUACUAUUCGAGCUUCAGUUGGCCCUCUUCAAUCAGGAUCUUCAACUACACCUACCAUUAGUGCAAGCACUUCUACCCUUCAGCUCUCACCUCCAAGGACUAAAAAUAUAACUGCUAAAAAUCCCACAAAAUCUAACACAAGUAAACCUAAUAUAACUAAAUCCAUUGCAAAUAAACCUAAUGCAAGUAAGCCUAAUGGAAGUAAAUCUAAAUACAAAUCAAAAAUAUCUAAUAUGCAAAAGAAACAAAGCACAUUGGCUAGUAGCAAUAAAAAAAGUAAAGUCAAUACAGCACUGAGGAAUUUAAGGUGUCGUCGGGGAGUUCACAAAUGCAUUGAGUGUUGUUCUGAAAUAAAAGAUUUUGCAAACCAUUUUCCUACAUAUGUCCACUGUAGUUUUUGCAGAUACAACACUAGCUGUAGCAAAGCCUAUGUGAAUCAUAUGAUGAGCUUUCAUAGUAAUCGUCCAAGUAAAAGGUUUUGUAUCUUUAAGAAGUAUUCAGAAGAUCUCAGGGGCAUUACUCUAGUGUGCCUUAAUUGUGAUUUCCUAACUGAUGUUUCUGGCUUAGAUAAUAUGGCUACACACUUAAGUCAACAUGAAACUCAUGCUUGUCAAGUUGUAAUAGAGAAAGUUUCUGUUUGUAUCCCAACUUCUGAACAUCUUUCUGAAUUAAAAAGUGAAGCUCCCACUAAGGAACAAGAACCUGUGUCUGAGGAAAUUGCAAGACCUAAUAUGGCUGAAGGAGAAACAGAAACAUCAAAUUCUGAAAGUAAACAAGAUGAAGCUUCUUCAGAGGAAAUAAAAAAUGGAUGUGAUGUGCAUUUAUUCGAAGGCUCAUCAACAACAAAAAGUGAAGAAGGUGUAUCAGGUUCAGAUAAAGAAAAUGAUACCUGUCUUGAAGACCAGGAAACUGGCUCAAAGAGUAUCUUCAGUUAUGAUUCAAUUAUUGAUGCGGAUAAGGUGGAAAAGGAAAAACAAAUAGAGCACAUUUGUCAUGAAACAGAGUUGAAGAGGUGCCAAAGUUCAGAAAACCUCAUUGCACGUGAUCAGAUUGAAGAUCGCAAUGCCAGUGAAGCUAGAUUUUCUUCGAAGAAUAUUAUGGAUUUGCAGUUAACAUCUGGUGAUGUUAGCAUUGAUCAGUUUUUGAGAAAAAGAGAUGAACCAGAAUCUGUUAGUUCUGAUGUUAGUGAGCAAGGCAGUAUUCAUUUGGAACCUUUGACUCCAUCAGAAGUGCUUGAGUUUGAAGCCACAGAGAUUCUUCAGAAAGGUAGUGGUGAUCCUUCAGCCAAGACUGAUGAAGUAGUGUCUGAUCAAACAGAUGACGUUCCUGGAGAAAAUAGCCUUAGCACAACAGAGACAACAGGAGACCUGGCAGAUGAAAAAGAAAGAAGUUGAAAUUAAUUAGGCAUUCUAAGUUUUAGUGUACCAACGAUAAGAGCAUUUGGAACAGUGCUAUCAGGUGAGCUCAGUGGUGCUGUUGCAGAGUGCAGAGAUAGAAAAAUGUGAGGGAGGUCAUUCAUACACUUUACCUGUAUAUUCAACCUAGGUUAUUAAAUCAAUUCAUCAUUAAUAGCAUGAUUAGUAUGAAUUUCCAAGAAGUUUUUAAGACAUGAAUAAGAUUUUAAUGAAAGUUAAGUUUGCAAUGAAAAAGUCUCAUUUAGCAGUUUUCGAGGUUAUGGAACCUGGUGGUUGAAUAUUAGAAUAUUAGUUAUAUUAAUAAAACUUUUGAAAUUUCCAUCAGUUCUAAACUAAAAGUCCUUAUUACCUGUACAUCCUUUUCAAUUAACUUAAAGGAAGAGAUUUGGAAACCACAUACCUUUUGGGAAUAAUUGAUUUAAAAUAAUGGCCAAUUGGCUUUGUUAAUGAAGGCUUCAUUUUGAGUAUGAUACUGGUAAAUGGAGCAUGUUUAGAAUGCUAAAUUAGUGAUCUAAUGAGAAUUUGGAUGAAGAUAAACUUAAUUUUGGAUAUAAUAUAACAUUCCAGACUGCCAGAAGCAUGUAAACAGAAUAUUUGAAUCUGUGUACCUCCAUACAAGUGUUAGCCUGCCAGGCUGUAAGCUUACCUUAAUUAAACUUUCAGUGAAAGUGAAAUUAUUAAAAUAAAAAUUUAUAUUUGUGCUUUUGUCAGUGUGUAAGCUGUGCAGAAAUCCCUUGAUGUACUAGUUGUAUAAAGUAGAAACCUAUUGUUGAAACUCCUGUAGCUAUUAUGCUCUUAAUAUUGUUUUAAUGAUCUUCUUUAGAAAUAGACCCAUAAAAAUGGUCUGGAAACCAAACCAAAGUAUGGAUUGAUGUAGAUAUUGUAAAGCAGUAAACUGAAAACAUGUCCUGGCAUGAAUUCAGCCAUGUUUAAGUGACUUUUUCUGUAAUUGUAAAAUAGAAAAUUCAAAUGGGACCUAAAGCAGGAUGUAAAAAAUUGGUUUGGGAUAUUUAGCCUAAUUUAUCCAUAAGAUGGCUGCUAAAUUGAUU